UGCACAUUGCGUGUACCAUUAGGCCGUUGUCCUUGUACACAAGGUCUGGGUAUUUGUUCUAUUCCUCUGGUCCUGUGUUCUUGCGUGCUUGACCAAUGAAGCCUGUCGGAUAUGUUCUUGUUCUCGUCAUUCUUUGGAUAAAAGGAACGAUGUCAAUGCCCCGGAACGACGGAAUGAUGGACGUGACACCUUCAUCUGAGAUAAAAAAGACACAGGUAAAUAGAGAACAUCUGAUCCGUGUGUUGUGCAAUCUGACAAAGCGGUUCACGUCGAGUGACGUUGUCUUCAAACGUAGACUUCUGCAGCGACGCUACAGCACCGCACCCAACGAGUCAGACGUUGUUAAUAUAACGGAGGAGGUUCGUCUCAGAAGGCUGGAUGUUCUCAGUUGCUGCGAGAAUAUCAUAGCACCAACAGCCUUGCAAAACCAAAAAACCGAAAAAUAUGACGCUAGCCCUUGUCUUGAGCAUGUCCGUAGACGCCGUAUUGACCGCUUGUGCUCCAGAGAUAACCAUAGCGUACCCUUUAAUCUCAACGGAAGGUCUUUCAUGAAGAAAAAGAUACUGGAUUGUUGCUCUAAGCUGGGAGAAACUCGCUACAGCUGUUUUCAAACGGACUCGCUCAAGAACAAAGAUUCAUCAGCUGAGGUUUUCUCAUUCGACGAAACAGAUACCGUAAACGAUAUUUGGGAUUUUCCAAUAACCUCCUCACAGAUUCAACAACUCAUUGGACACCAUGCUUCAUCUGCUGAGAGAGCAGAAGCCAGGCAACAAAAGCGAAGAGGUAUCACGAACGGCGACCUUGACUAUACCAGUAACAGAAACCCUGCCCCGAAAGACGCCACAGUGAACGGCGUGACUAGCGCUGAGUGUGCAUGUAAGCUGCAGGAUAAGGUGGCUUUCGAUAUGGACAGACAAUCUACAAAUGGACAUGCGAGUGGGGCAGGUAGCAUCACUACCGCAGGAAACCGCAAGGAAACAAAGUCAGGGGUUAAUCCCGUCGUUACGACGACACGUCCAAGUGUCACGGUAGCACGCCCAGCGUAUUCGCUCACGUCCAUACUCUCAGAUUCUUCCAUAACGUCCGUACGAUCGACGUAUUCCUUCACGUCGGCACGAUCAACGCCUUCUCGCAUGCACACACGAGCAACGUCUUCGUUCACAUCCGUACGAUCAUCAUUUUCCCCGAUGUCCGUACGAUCAACGUCUUCCCUAACAACCGUACGAUCAACAACUUUCUACACGCCGACGAAGAUGAAUCAAAAUGAAAUAACUUCUACAAAUAUGCGACCAUUCCAUCCGGCCGCACUUAUUUCAUAUUUCAAGAAACAGUUCGCGACUGCCGUUACAUCUACCCCGACUACAGUGAAAUUCACACAGCCGUCAGCGAGAGCCCCAUUGUAUACAUUCCCCAAACGCCAGCGAGGGCCGUUGACAAGGCAUGACACAGGGCAUCCAGGGCGAGGUAAAUUAGUUGAGGACGUGCGGCACAAUAAUCCCUCUACUAUCUUCUCUAAAUAUUACAAAAUGAGGUCACGAACAACAACAAGUCAACAGUCUGGGGUAACCCCUACUUUGACCACCUCUCCAAAAGUAACGUUUCCAAAUAGCUUUGUCAAUGCACAUGGUGGUGGUGGACAACCUGUGGUUCGGAAGUAUCGGCCAAAGUUGACAUUGCCAUUGAAAUCGCAUGAACAGCCGAGGCCAGCCACACAUGGAAGACGAAUCAAACAAACUUCUUUCGGACGACAUAGUGGGCGGAAAUGGAAGAAGCCGAAGCAUAAACACAGGGAGUGCAUUUAUUCACUGAUGAACAUGGAAGAUGUUGAUGCUAAGGAAUUGAUUUAGGGUAGUGGGGUAGUCGUUUUCACCUGAGGGCAAUUUAAAGGCAAAUAUCUCAAAAACAUACAUGAAUAUACACCCAUGUUUUAUACACCCGUUCUCUCGACAGUCGAUAUGCCCGAGUUCAAUUCCGCACUUCCAGCGUAUGGUGUCAUUCGUGAAGUCAUUGGCGUGGCAGAUUAUAAAAAGCUAUCCAUAACCCAAACGCUGAGUUGUACCUGAGGUGGCCAAGGUGUGAACGCUGUUUACCUUCUCUGAUUCAAGUUUUAAGACUCUCCUGUAGCAGAACGGCCACUGCAACACAAUUGCUACAAUGCUGGAUGUGAGAUGCACCAUGACCAAAAACUGGCUUCAGCUGCAGUCUGGAAAAGUAGUAAUAGCAGAUCUAGCGAUGUCAAUAUUCACUAUGACAAUCCAACAUGUACACUUUGGCAAUCCAACAUGUACACUGUGGCAAUCCAACAUGUAUACUAUGACAAUCCAACAUGUACACUAUGACAAUCCAACAUGUUCACUAUGGCAAUCCAACAUGUACACUGUGGCAAUCCAACAUGUAUACUAUGACAAUCCAACAUGUACACUUUGGCAAUCCAACAUGUACACUGUGGCAAUCCAACAUGUAUACUAUGACAAUCCAACAUGCUCACUAUGGCCAUCCAACAUGUUAACCACGACAAUCCAACAUGUACACUGUGGCAAUCCAACAUGUUCACUAUGGCAAUCCAACAUGGUCACUAUGGCAAUCCAUCACAAUCACAAUGGCAAUCCAACAUGUUCACUGUGGCAAUCCAUCACAAUCACAAUGGCAAUGCAACAUGUUCACUGAGGCAAUCCAACAUGUACUCUGUGGCAAUCCAACAUGCUCACUAUGGCAAUCCAACAUGUUAACUAUGACAAUCCAACAUGUACACUAUGACAAUCCAACAUGUACUCUGUGGCAAUCAAACAUGUUCAAAAUGGCAAUCCAUCAUAAUCACAAUGGCAAUGCAUCACGUUCACAAUGGCAGUCCAACAUGUACACUAUGACAAUCCAACAUGUACUCUGUGGCAAUCAAACAUAUUCAAAAUGGCAAUCCAACAUGUACACUGUGGCAAUCCAACAUGUUCACUGAGGCAAUCCAACAUGUACUCUGUGGCAAUCCAACAUGCUCACUAUGGCAAUCCAACAUGUUAACUAUGACAAUCCAACAUGUACACUAUGACAAUCCAACAUGCUCACUAUGGCAAUCCAACAUGUUAACUACGACAAUCAAACAUGUACACUAUGGCAAUCCAACAUGCUCACUAUGGCAAUUCAACCUGUUAACUACGGCAAUCCAACAUUUAUACUAUGACAAUCCAACAUGUACACUAUGGCAAUCCAACAUGUACACUAAAGCAAUCAAACAUGUACACUAUGACAAUCAAACACGUACACUAUGGCAAUCAAACAUGUACACUAUGGCAAUCAAACACGUACACUAUGGCAAUCAAACAUGUACACUAUGACAAUCAAACACGUACACUAUGGCAAUCAAACAUGUACACUAUGGCAAUCAAACAUGUACACUAUGGCAAUCAAAUAUGUACACUAUGACAGUCCAACAUAUACGCUGUGGUAAUAUUGGUAUUCUAAACAUGUGUACACUGUGUUUCUACUAGCAAUAUGCCCCAGGCCUCGCAAGUUGACGAGCAGAGUUCCGCUGAUCGUGGGUUCGAAUAAAUUAUUCCCUAUGAUUGAUGGUCGUGAAGUUUGUUUGUCAGCACCAUACUACACAUGUUGUCAACGUCUGCAGCAUGACUCACUACGUGCUGUCCUUACAUAACUGAAUAUUGAUGAAACCAGAGUCAACGUAAAACGUGUUUCUCAAAGUGUUUUAACGUUACUAUUUCUGAUAUAGCUACCACAUUAUGUAUAAUUAUACCAAUGCUAUUCCCGUUAAUAAACUUCUCUUGCACUA